AUGGCCUCCGUCAAGGGCGUCGCAGCGCCUUCCAGCAGCAGCAGCAGCAGCAGCAACUGCAGCAACAGCAGCAACAGUAGCAGCAGCUCUGCGCUCUUCGCGAGCGUCUCGCUGCGCGCUCGUCGCCACAGCGCCAAAGCCGACGACGGAGGCAGUAAGAGCGGCACGAGCUUCCGCCGCAGCUCCAGCAGCGCGAGCAAAGACGGCCACCGCCGCGUCGCAAUGGACCCGUCGGUGGCCGCUGCGCCCCCUUCGCAGUCGCGACCCAUUGCCGUCGCUCCUGCGGUCCUCGACACAGUGUCAAAGCGCUCGCCGCCCCGUGUGGCCGUGCGCUACGGCGACACGAUCCGUCUGUUUGCACGCAGUAAGUACGUGCCCGCGACGGCUUCGGGAGGGUACGUGGGUACGGUUGCCGGCAGCAAACGGUUCCGGACGGCCAAGAGCGGGCAGAAACAGGACGAGCUCGUGUGCCUCCCUCCGGUGGUUCCGUGCGGCGUGAAGCGCUUCCGGUCGUCGACGUUCGUCGUGUUGUCGUACAGCGGACUGGGCGCGGGGACGCCCGUGAGCUACGGCGACGUUGUGCUGCUAGUGGACGAAGACGGACGCGUGUGGAACAACAAAAUGGGCGUCGGCCCGAGCCUCAAGAAUGGCUGUUUCGGGCCGAAAGCGUCCAACACACCCGGCGAGAUGCACUUGUCGUUCUACCAGCUACAGGCGGCAGAAGGAGACGACGACGACAGCAGCUCGAGCUCGUCGGACGAUGAAGACAGCUUUGUCUUUUUCAGCAACUUGGCCAAGACGACCAAGAAUAUGGCCGAGACGACGUUUGGCCGGUUGACGCAAGUGGAGAUGCAGGUGGCAACUGCAGCGCUGCAGACAAAAAGCGGGGCAGUCGUGUACUACGGCGACCGGAACCUCAUUAUUGACGUGGCGGAUUCGAAUCGCAUGCGGUCCAAGUUCAAUCGCGUGAUCACGCACUUUAGCAAGCAGCAGGAGUCGACACCUGUUCAAGGUGGUUUCUUACGAUGCGACGGUCGCGGGAAGACCGUUCUGUUUGAGAUGCACGGUCACGAGUUGCCAGCAAUCAAAUCGAUUGAUGUACAAGACGUGCAGACGAGCGAUGAUGGCCGUCGAGCAUUGGAUAAAGCUUGUGACGACAAAGCAAGCCCUCGUGUGCUGGUAUCGACAGCAACAGGCGUCGAGGUAGGCGUUCCUCUUUUGCUGCAGGAUCUACGGCGCUCGAUGUCGCUCGAAGUGACAUUUUCGGAUGGCGGCCGCGUCGGCGUGUCGUGCCGGCGAUUCUUGAAGCACGAGGGCGCUGCAUUUUAUCGCCUCGUGCUCGGUGGCAAACGUCCCAUGCGCAUCCUUGUCCGCGCUACACGUGCUGUACAACGAAAGAAGAUUGACUUGCGUGGCAAAUUGUGCGGCACGUACCGACAGAUGCUCAAGCUGUCGUGUGGUAUUGCCGUUGCGUAUUCGGCUGCAGCUUCGGUGUUCACGCACGUGUUUGACUCGGUGACGGUACUUCCUGCUGUAUAUAUGUGCGGCCUUGCUGGGGUAAUGGUCUUGUUAGUGGAAGUCGCACACUUGGCAAAGACGGCGAUGGAACGGAAAACUAUGUCGGCAGGUGUCGAGAACGAGGAUCAGUCACGCGAUUUCCUCGGCAACUGGGACUUCACGGUGGUAGCACUUGAAGCGUCUGAAUCUGAACGGUAUGAAAAGACUACCAAUACCACACAAGCGUCACACUUGGUGAAAUCGGUGCCUACAGCCUUUUUGGUAGCGGAAAAUGGAGAUACUGCCAAGGCCACGAAGCGCUAUGAGAACACGCUGGCAUGGAGAAAGGAAGUGAUGGCAGACUCGAUUCUGACCAUGCCGCAAACGUACUACGAUGCCAUUAAAGCGAACUACACGCAGUUUCUGCACAAACACGACAAGCUCGGCCAUCCACUCUACUUUGAGAAAAUUGGCUCGAUCAACAUGCCCCAGCUGAAGAAAGCCGGUGUCACGUCGGACGCGUUGUUCAAGCACUAUUUAUUCGCCAUGGAGUUCAUGCUCAAGUAUGCGGCUCACGAGAUCUGUCCGUGCGACGCAUGUGCUCCCAGCGAGACGCAGAAGAUGUGCAUCGUACUGGACGCGCGUGGAAUCGGUAUGCGCGAUAUGGGCGGUGAGGCGUUUGAGUUCAUCCGUCGAUGCACGGGUGCGAUGCAGUGCCACUAUCCGCAGCGGUCGUUCAAAAUCUUCAUCGUGAAUGUGCCUUCGUGGUUCGGUAUGGCAUGGAAAGGUGUGAAGCCUUUGUUGAACGAAGCAACUCGUGCCAAGACGAACAUUGUGACGGAGAGCGAGACUGCUGCCGCGUUGCUGGAGUUCAUUGACGCUGAAAAUCUGCCUGUGGAGUACGGCGGCACGUGUUCGUGCUCUGGUGGUUGCGAGACGCACUCUUCGUACCAGCUUCUGCAACGAGCGCUGGUGGAGAGUGUGCUAGAGUGCAAGUCUUUCGAGUCCAAAGACUUGCUACGUGCGAUCUCGCUCGAGCGCUCUGGCGAGAGCAGGUCGAGCGAAGACGAGUUUGCAUUGGCUGAGGAUGCUGUAGUGCCGCUGUCGCUACUGCCUGCAGCGGGACCAGUGAAGCGCCGUACGACUACUACGACAGCAAUGGAUCGACUCCCUCGAUACGGCAGCGGCGCUGAGAGUAGCUGUAUGCUUGACGGCGUCGAUGACGAGGGCUUUUGUCGAUCGAUUCCGGCAAAUUACUUUCGGGAGGAAGUCUUGAAGGCAGGGUACCUGCUGAAGCGCUCACUGCGGCACAAACAGUUCAACCCGAUCUGGCAGCGCCAGCUCUUCGUCCUCCAUCCCCAGUAUCUUCGCUUUGCCAAGGCCUUGGACUCGGAGAUCUACCAGAUUGUCUCAUUGUCCCACGACACGAUCGUCCAGAAGACAACGAAGCAGAACAAGAGCUUCGAAAUCAUUACGCCACGCAUGGCCGUUAACGGUCACUCGCUGCUGCUCUGCACGCCAACAUCUGACGUGCUGAACGGCUGGGUAGAUGCGAUUUCGGACGCAAUCGACCAGCUGAAGAAUAAGACGUCGGUGGCAGCAGUCAGUCCUGAGUGGUCUCCUGUUGCUUCACCGAGGACAAAGCAAGAAGCCAGUCUGGACACCGACAACCAGCCGACAUCAUUUGACUCGGCGAAGUGA